GGGCUGUGAGUUAGAGCAGAAUCAGACCUGAGAGGAGAGGAGACGCUCACAGAGACAGAGACUGAGAGGAAAAUGGUCUCAAACUGGAAUAUACAGCUACUGACAACACACUGCAUACACCAUGGACUCUGAAUCUUUGGACCGCUGCAUCCAGACUGCUCUGUCGGCUCUCUACCCUCCCUUCCAGGCCACAUCCUCGACUGUCCUCUGUCAGGUCCUCAACGUGGUGGAGAGCUGUUACAGAGGAGACGGCCUCCGCUACCUGCUCCACUUUCUGCUGCCUGCAAAACAGUUCUUACAGAACCUCCAGCAACAUGCCUGUUUGCAGUACUGUGGUUUGUUGUUUCGUCAUGAAGGCUGGCCUCUGUGCAUCCAUGAGAAGGUAGUCGUUCAGCUCUGUCCUCUGGACCAGCGUCUCCUCCGUCCAGGAGACUUCUACCUGCUGGUUUCUCCAGGCGCUGCUCCUCCUCCACCUCGAGCACACAGCGUCUCCUGCAGGAGCAGUGUCACCUCCUCUCCCCGCCUGCUUCUGUGCAGCGUGUCGGCUGGCAACCAUCGUCAUGUGGAGCAGCAGGAGGUGUCGGAGAUAGCCCUGCGGUCCCUCUUCAGCAUGGCCUGGCUGGACUCUGUCAACAGGGAGAGGGAGCAGCGGGGAGCGUCCAGGCUGGAGCGCUGUGUCCUCUCGACAAACGGAGACGUCUUCAGGGUCCCCUGGGAGGACCUGGUCUACCCACAAUUCAUCAGCCGACCCCGGACUGCCCUGAAGGACAACAAAGAGUCCUCUGUUAAGGAUGGAGACAUGUUGAUUAACAUGUCACAUGAUCUGAGUAGAGACACUAACUCCUCAAGACAGGAGGAGGUAAAGCUCCUCCCAUCCUCUACAAAAACAGACCAAUCACCAGCGAGCAGCGAGGCCGAGGACUCGGAGGGGGAGUACGUGGAGCUGACGGAGCUCCCGCUGCCUCGCUUCUCCCCGCAGAAAGGCUCCUUAACCCAGUCCAUCAGCCUUCAGCACCGAGCCCGGACCGGCACAAACACAGCUCCAACAGCACAAACACUCUCUGCUGCUACUGCACACACACACAGCACUCACACACACUAUGCUGCGAGUGCACACACACCUCACAGCACUCACACACACUCUGCUGCGAGUGCACACACACCUCACAGCACUCACAUACACUCUGCUGCUACAACACACACUCCCAAAACCACAAACACACACUCCACCAGGUCCUGUGUGGAGGUUAGUUCCCACACCGAGCUCUGCUCCAAGCUCAUUGAAGAAAACCUGAACCAGGACUGCAGACCCGUCAUCCUCACCCCCAUCUCCCCCACCACCUCCUCCUUUGCUCCUCCUGAAGUCAUGGGAACCGUCUGCAUUCAGUCAGAGCAGCAAAUGUCACAGGAGCAAACAGAAGGUACUGAUGUAGGCAGGAGUGUGAAGCUAAACAGUGAACCUGAAAACUGUAUAGAACAGAGACUGGAGGAGGAGGUGGAUCGAGGGAAAGAGGGGGAGAUGGAGGAAAAGACAGGAGAGGGAGAGGUGAUGGAGAAGCAGGAAAGGAUGAAAGAAAUGGUAGCUUUACUUGAUGAGGGUGUAGAGAAGGAAGAAGAGGAGGAGGUGGAGGAGACAGAGUGUAGGGGGGAUGAAGAUUUACUGCCACAAACACACACUACUGAGGAGGGAGGAGACAUGGAGGAGGAGGAUGAAAGUGAAGAGACCGAGGGAGAUGGAGAGGAAGAGAUGGACGAGGAAGGAGAUGAUGAGUUUGAAGAGGAUGGAGCAGAGGAGGUAGAAGUAGAAGAGGAAGUUCAGGUUAUAAUUGUGCAGCAGAGUCAAGAAAGAUGGGAGGAGGAGCAAGUGAUGAAAGAUGACGAGAGAGAAGGAGGAGAGGAGAAAGACGGAGAGGGAGAAGGUGGAGAAACACACACAGAUAAAGAAGCAACACACACACACUCUGAGGACUCUUAUUCUGAAAAUACUACUCUACAAACACACUCCGAGGACUCUUAUUCUGAAAAUAAUACACUACACACACAGUGUGAGGACUCUUACUCUGAAAAUAAUACACUACAAACGCACUCUGAGGAUUCCUAUUCUGAAAACACGACAAUACAGACACACCCUGAGGACUCUGAUUCUGAAAACACUACACUACAAACACACUCUGAGGACUCUUAUUCUGAAAAUAAUACACUACAAACACACUCUGAGGACUCUUAUUCUGAAAAUAAUACACUACAAGCACACUCCGAGGGCUCUUAUUCUGAAAAUGAUACACAACACAUUCACUUGAAGGACUCUCAUUCUGAAAAAAACUCUCAGCACACACACUUAGAGGACUCUUAUUCUGAAAAUGAUGCAUUCUACACAUGUUCUGAGGGCUCUUAUUCUGAAAACAUCAAAUUACCAACACACUCUGAGGAGUCUGAGGAGUCCAACACACCACAGAGCGUCUCCUCACCAGCUCUGGAUUCACUUGGUGCUGAACCCAGGGAGUCUGAACAUGGACAGAAGAAGCAGGAGGAGGAGAGGGAAGAAGAAGAGAAGGAGGAGGAGGAGGAGGUUGGUGGAGGAAGAACUGCAGAGCUUCAGACUGAAGGUCUCAGCAGUGAGUCACCUCCUGCUCAGUUAGAGGUCAGACCGUCUACUGGUUCCAGUUCAACACAACCAGAGGAACCAGCACCCACAGUCCCAUUAGAGCUCAACCAGUCCACCCAGUCCUCCCAGUCUAGUUUCUACAGUGUGCUGCUGAGCUCUGGGGCUCUCUGUCUGCCUGGAACCAGAGACAGAAGUGGGCGAGCUCUGCUGACGGUCUGCACUUGGAGCUCCGUGUGGUCAAACCCCGACUGUGACCGGCCUGAGCUACUCCGCCUCUUGCUCUACUACACCUCCACCCUCAGGAAGGAGGUGCGGGAGUUGGGGCUGACGGUGUUAGUGGAUGCCCGUAGAGCUGCUCCUGUUCCCGCCCUGUUCUCCGCCCUCAGGUCCCUGCAGGAGAACACACCAGGCUCCAUCCACACUGUGUUACUGCUGAUCAACAAAGACUCCUCUCUACGUUUGGACAAACCUGCAGCUCCACAGGUGGAGGUGUUGAGCUCUCUGAAGUCUGUCCAGAAACACGUGGAGCUCCACCAGCUUCCUGCAGAGUUUGGAGGAUCCUUCAGCUUCAGUCAGAGCAGCUGGCUCAGCUUCAGAUCGAGAGUGGAGCAGCUGACCAAUCAGUGUGAAGAUGUCAUCAACCUGCUGCAGAAAACAGUCAACAUCCUGCAGUCCACACCUCUACCUGCUGCUGCUGAGGACGCCGAGCUUCUGUUGUCCCGGUACAAGGCGGUGAUGCGCAGUAUCCUCGAAGAUGGCCGAUUGGUCCGGUUACAGCAGGAGGGUGGAGCAUCUCUGUCGCGGCUCCGCAGAGAGGAGAGCAGCAUCAGCACGACAGAGGAGUACCGGGCGGAGGUGGAGACGGUGUCGUCCCUGUAUGAUCAGGUGGAUGAGCUGCUCCACCGCCUCGUCACUCUGUCCAACUCUAGGACCCAGGAGCUGAACUUCAUCGUGGACUUUAGGAACCUGGAGCAGGGCUUCACUGAGGUGAGGUCCUGGCUGGAGGAGGUGGGUGAAGUCCAUCUGAAGACUCUGGAUGAACCGGAGGAUUCUCUGGAGCUUCUGAACAAAAAACAGCAGGACUUCAAGGACUUCUACCCAACUGCAUAUGAUUACUGUAAACGAGGCGAGGAGCUGUUGGGUCGUCUGGAGCGCUGGGAUGACGUGUCAUCGACCGACCUCCACAACUACGAGGUCAAAGUUCAUUCGUUCUGGGCUCAGCUUCAGGAUUUCUCCCAGCGGGUCAACACCACCGGGCAGAACAUCGACCGCGCCGUCCGACUCUACCGCUUCUUAGACCAGGCCUAUGGCUGGGCGUUGGAUGGUAUGCGUCACUUAGCCGGUAUCAGUAUGGAGGAGUGCACACUGCCGGACAAAUGCCAGGCUGUGAUUGGCUGCCUGGAGGACUACCAGCGGCAGCACCCACCAAUCCCGGACGCCCAUUUCCAGGAGAUGAAGGCGGCGGCGGGUGAGCUGCGGGGGGAGCGGGGACUCCGUCAGUGGAGCUUCGCCUGGUCCAAGUGUCAGGAGACCAAGAAGAUGUUUGACAGGAAGAUGGAGUUGGCGCUCAAGACACGAGACUCCGCCCACAGACGGCGCUCUGACUCCGCCCUCAGCAGAACCUCCGUCUCCUCCAGGAAGACGCUGUCAGGACUCUGGGGGCUUCGCGAGUCCUCCUCCUCCUCAUCGUCCUCCUCCUGCCCCCCAGAGGAAGACACCAACACCUCCUCACCUCCUCGUCACUCUUCCUCCCUGCUCCCCCUCACCUUUUCACCCAUCACUUCCACCUGCUCCCAUCACACCCCCCAGCGCACCCCACUCCUCCAGCGUCUGUUCCGCAGCGCCUCCACAGACGAGUCUUCUGACCACGUGGAUAUCUCCUCCUCCAGCCCCAGCAUCCCCCGCCUGGACUCCUCCCCCAGCUUCAUCUCCUCCUCAGCCUGCUCCUCCUUCUCCACCACCUCCUCCUCUUCCAGCAGACGGCAGCAGCUCAGGAAGACUCAGAGCUUCGACUGUCCCUCCACCCCCGAGGUGUCACGGUACGGACCGUGUCCUCGCGCUCACAGUGAGCCGGUACGCAGAGGAAACACUGGUGUGUUCAUCCGGGGCCUGGAAGUCAGCAGCACCGAGGCGGCCGACCACACGCUCUGCCCCAGGACGGCUGCUCACGGCUGGGCGGGACAGGGGCUACGCACCCCUGGGACACCCGGCACCCCAAGAACCACAGGCAGCCCCGCAGCAGACCCCCGACCCAGGGGAAGUAAGCUGCGUCACAUUGUAGACGAGAUGGUGACAACGGAGCGGGAGUACGUUCGCUCUCUACAGUACAUCAUCCAUCACUACUUCCCCGAGAUGGAUCGAGCCGACCUGCCUCAGGACCUGAGGGGGAAACGCUCUGUCGUCUUUGGGAACCUGGAGAAACUCCUGGACUUCCACAGUCAGUUCUUCCUCAGAGAGCUGGAGGCCUGCUGGAAACACCCGCUCAGAGUGCCACACUGCUUCCUCAGACAUCAGGAGCAGUUCGGUCUGUACGCUCUCUACAGCAAGAACAAACCAAAGUCUGACGCUCUGCUGUUAAAUCAUGGAAACGCCUUCUUCAGGAGGAAACAGGUGGAGUUGGGAGACAAGAUGGACCUGUCAUCCUACUUAUUGAAGCCCAUUCAGAGGAUGAGUAAAUACGCUCUGCUCCUCACUGACCUCAUGAAGGAGGUGGGCGUGGCUCAGGAGGCGGAGCUUGUCACCCUGCAGGCUGCUACCAACAUGGUCAAGUUUCAGCUUCGCCAUGGGAAUGACCUUCUGGCAAUGGACGCCAUCCGAGAUUGUGAUGUGAACCUGAAGGAGCAGGGUCAGCUGAUCCGUCAGGACGAGUUCACUGUCUGGACCGGGAGGAGGAAAUGUCAGCGUCACAUCUUCCUGUUUGAGGAGCUCGUCCUCUUCAGUAAACCCAAGAAGAUGGAGGGAGGGCUGGACGUCUUCAUCUACAAACACUCCUUCAAGACAGCAGACGUGGGUUUGACGGAGUCAACAGGAGACAGCGGGCUGAGGUUUGAGAUCUGGUUCAGGAGGAGGACAUCCAAGAAUCAGACCUUCAUCCUCCAGGCUGCUACGUCAUAUGUCAAACACGCCUGGACGAGCGACAUCGCCCGAAUCCUGUGGACUCAGGCCACAAGGAACAAAGAGAUGCGUCUGAAGGAGAUGGUGUCGAUGGGAGUGGGGAACAAACCGUUUCUGGACAUUCAGCCGAGCGAUGCAGCCAUCAGUGACCGAGCUGUUCACUGCAUCAUGAAGAGCAGAGGUGCCAGGACGAGGGCGUCCAUCGCCGUCUCCGUUUUCGAUCACUCUAACCCUUUUAAACGAGGAGCAGUGACCUCUGACCCCUCGACAUCAGGACCCUCUUCCUCCAGUCUGCUGGGACCGCUCAACCUGCACAUGUACAGCCAAACCCUCUCCCCCUCUCCUGCUGCUGAGAGCUCCUUCAUCACUUCCUGUAUUGAGGAGGAUGAGCAGGAACAUGAAACCAGCAGUCAGCCCUCCAUGACCACAGAGAGUUCAGGUUCAUCUUCUCGCUGUCUCUCUGGUUCCACCGGCUCCGACAGCGGGUGCGUCUCCUCCCACCUCCAGGAGACGCUGCCUGAGGAGCCAAGCCCCCCCAGUCAGCCCUCAUCCUCCACCUCCAACAAACAGCACCUCAGCAGCCAGUACAUUUCAGCUAAAUCUGCUCCGGUCAUCGGCCCGGCCACCAUCGUGUGAGUCAGCUCAGCUGUCGGACUCGACUGUUCGGCUCCUUCCUGCUGCAGUUUGAAGUUUCUGACAGUUUGAAGUCGGAGUUUAAUCAGCACUGUUCAGCUGUUCAACUAAAACACUUUUUGAUUUUCUACGAAAUUUGAAAGCAGCUGAGUUUAAAUGUUGUUUUAUUUAUGUGCUACAGAGCAGGUACAGUAGAGUGUGGUGUAAAUAAGACGUGUUAGAGUUUAUAAAGGUCUCUGUGUAGUUUGACUCCUCACAGCUGCUGCUUUGUUGUUUCUGUUGUCAUUAUUUGUGCUGAUCCAGAGUCAGUCUGCCAGCAGCUUGUCUGGUCUGAGAGGAGGACAGGUUUGUGUCAGAGCUGGUCCAGGGUCAGCUGGACUCACUGUACAUGUGUGUAAAUAAAUCCACAGCUGAGCGUCUGCUGUCACUUUUCUUACUUGAAUAAUAAACAUGAGUUUGUUCAAACGGA